AUUUCAUAAUUUCAUCCUGCACGCAAUUUAUGGCGUCAUAUUGUCGCCGGAUAACCGCCGGUGCGGUUGUGUCUGACCGGACGAUACGUCUGCGGCAGUCAUCACGGACCGCAGAGAUUCUGCGGUUGCCUCGCAAUUACUUGAAUCAACAACGGCCGGUGAUCGUGCUGAGAUCGCGGCUUUUGGUGGUGGAAGCGGUGGGAUCCGGAGGGGGGUGGGAGAGAUCGGAAGGGGGAGGUAGAGAGGAGAAGGCGGUGGGCCCGUGUUCGUACUCGUUGGCGGAGAAUCGGACGGUGGAGGCUGAGGAGUCUACGAGCAGAGAUCGGACGGUGAAGAUAGCGGUAGCAGCGGCGGUGACGGUGGUGAUGGGAGUAGGGAAUCGUGUGAUGUAUAAGCUGGCCUUGGUUCCUCUCAAGCACUACCCCUUCUUUCUCGCUCAGCUCGCCACUUUCGGAUAUGUAAUUGUCUACUUCUCUAUAUUGUAUCUCCGGUACCAAGCUGGCAUUGUUACAGAUGAGAUGCUUUCCAUGCGGAAAGGUCCAUUCCUUGCCGUUGGUCUCUUGGAGGCCCUCGGUGCUGCUACAGGAAUGGCAGCUGGAGCAAUUCUUUCUGGAGCAUCGAUCCCAAUUUUGUCUCAGACUUUUCUUGUGUGGCAAAUUCUUCUGUCAGUUAUUUUCCUUGGAAGAAGAUAUAGAGCAAACCAACUUCUUGGAUGCUUUCUUGUAGCACUUGGUGUAAUCAUAACUGUAGCAAGUGGAUCUAGUGCUGGACAAUCAUUAAAGGAAGCCGGUAUAUUUUGGAGCCUUUUAAUGAUAGUUUCAUUUUUAUUUCAAGCUGCCGAUACAGUGCUGAAGGAAGUAAUCUUUUUGGACGCUGCCCGGGAUUUGAAGGGAGGUUCAGUAGACCUAUUUGUUAUAAAUUCCUACGGAUCUGCUUUCCAAGCCUUCUUUAUAUUCCUUCUCCUACCAUUUUUAUCAAAAUUAUGGGGCAUCCCCUUUAGUCAACUGCCAAACUAUCUCAAAGAUGGUGCAGCCUGUUUUCUAAACAUUGGUACUUUGUCAAGUGGAUGUGAAGGUGCUCCACUGCUACCUUUGUUGUUUGUUGCUGUCAAUAUGGGCUUUAACAUAUCAUUGCUGUAUCUGCUCAAGAUCUCUUCUGCUGUGGUGUCUUGCCUUGCUUCUACAUUUUCAGUGCCGAUAGCUGUUUAUGUGUUCACGCUGCCGCUACCAUACCUUGGAGUUGGAUCAUCCCUUCCGGCAGGCUUUGUUGCAGGAGCCAUCGUUCUUAUUAUGGGAUUGCUCAUCUAUGCAUGGACACCGACUGUUUCCACUUCCGAGUAGAUGAUGAUGAUCCUUAUAUUACCAGCAAUAUUGUUGCUAUCAAAGUGUAGCAGACAAUUCCAGCUAGCCCUGCUUUCUGGUUUUAGCUCAAGCGAGGAAGAGGAUGAGGAAUGCUGAUUUUCAUUGCAGGCGGAAAUGUAAUUUGCGUUUCUGGCAAAUAAUGCCCAAGCAAGUACGAUUUCAGACUUUUUCUUUUCUUUUUUUCUUUGUUUUUUUGGGGGGAGGGGGUGUUAUCUAUAUUGUAAUGCCUUGAGAAGGGAUGUGAUUGGGAUUCAAGAAAUAAAGAAGUGUACGGAAAAAUAAAGAAAAAGAAGAUGAGAUGUCUAUUAAAUUAGACAUCAUUUGACAAACAA